AUGGUCCUGCACUCCACGUACGCUAAGGUUCCUGUAUGCAACACGGCUCUUCAUGAAAAAGUUCUCACAGCGAUCCAACAGCAUAUCGACCGGAAUCCGAAUCGAAUUGCGUUUAUCAGCGCUGAAGAUGCAGCAAAUCGAAUCACUUUCAAGGAGAUCUACGAUCAAGCUUACAGUGUAGCUAGUUUCCUCUCAAGCAGAGGUUAUGGACAUCUGGAUGUGUGCUGUCAGGUGAUGCCGAACUGUAUCGAAUACGCGGUGUUCUACCUUGGUGCAUUGCUAUGCGGUGGAGCUAUGUCUGGAGCGAGUGCGAUGUUUACGGAUUAUGAAUUAGAGCGACAAUUUCUUGAUUCACGCUGUAAAGUUGUUAUCACGGAUGAAGCACACCUGGACAAAGUCCUGCUAGCCACGAAAAGAUGUCGAGAGGUGAAGACAGUGAUCUGUGUUCAAUCCUCGAAAUCAACUCGUGCGAUUCCAAGCGGUGUUGUACCUUGGCAUGACGUCAUCAGAACACGCGUAACCGCUCUUCCCAAGUAUAAAUUCAGUCCAGAUGACAUGGCAUUGUUACCAUAUUCAAGUGGUACCACUGGUUCUCCGAAAGGUGUGGUGCUUACCCAUAGAAAUUUCACAACGAUGCUGGAUCUAGUGAAUAGUCACUUCGACGAGAACAUUGUUGCGAAGCUGGGUGACUCGGACUGGGAUUAUCAUAAGGAGAAUCUGCUUCUAAUACUGCCUUUCUAUCACAUUUAUGGAUUUGGUCUGUUGAAUCAAACGCUUCUCAAAGGAACUACGGGAAUAAUUCUUGCUAAAUUCGAACCUACUGUGUUCUUGAAUGCAAUUCAAACAUAUAAGCCGAAAUUACUGAUGCUCGUUCCGCCAAUACUUCUCCUACUAACAAAACAUCCUAUGACCUCCAAUUACGAUCUCUCUUCGUUUCAAUUCGUUCUCAGUGGAGCAGCACCAGCUGGAAAAGAUCUCUGUGACGAGUUCCUCAACAAAUAUAAGCACGUGAGCGCGCCACCUUUGCACACGUGGCGUCCCUUACUGCCUAUCGGGUUCGAAUUGAUUUUCGACGAAUCGCAGGGUGGAGGCGGCGCAAGGGGUGGAGCGUUGCAAUGGAUGGCGUCGUACAAAACAGCAUUCUGUAGGCGGCUGCUUGCAAUGAUGCAGGGAGAGAUGAGUGGAACUACCCCCGUCUCCAUAAUCUACGACCCCGUCCGUAUACGGAUACUCCACCUGAAAUCCGCACCACCUCAGAUUCGUGGUAUGUUGCCUUUAAAGAAGCGAGAGUACAAAAUGUGGUGCAAUGAUAAGCUUUCGAUACAGUUGAGAUCUGGUCAAGAGCCUAGGACCAACAAAGGAUUUCUUCCUACCCAGUAUAUGAAUAAUCCUCGUGAAUUAUCCAGCACUUCUGCGUUUACGUUUUGA